AGAUGCUGUGGAGGACCUGCCCUGGACCUAAGAGGAAGAAGAAUGGGGAAUCCUUGGAGGGUCCUGCUGCUGCUGCUGGGCCUGGCCAUAGCAGUAAGAGCUAUCCCUAGAAGAAGGCUGACCUUCAAGAAUGCAGCAGUCCUGGCUACAAGGAAGUUUAAUCUGAACUUAAGAGAAGGAGCAAGGUAUCGUGUUCUGGAGUCCAGUCUUUCCACUCCAAACUCACCACUUGUGUUGCCAUUGGCAUUCAGAAUAAAGGAAACUGAGUGUCCUUCAUCAGAGAGACAGAACCCAGAAACCUGUGCCUUCAGAGAAAAUGGAUUGGAGAAGGAAUGUACAGCAAAGUUCACCAGGCUAUCUCGUUUUGGCCUGGCUUCAGUUGAAUGUGAGGAUGUUGCCAAUAACAAUAAUCAGACGGUUGAUUUUAAGGCAUCUUCACUUAGUGAUGACAUUGACACCAAAUCCCUUCCACCCAGGAUUAGACAGAUGUAUGACCAGACCAAAUUUGAUAUAAUAACCAACAUCCUGCGUAACUUCUGAGAAAAAGGACUAGAACAAAGCCAGUGAAAUGGAGAAGCUUUGGUCAAUAUAAAAGUCAUACGUUUACCUCUCUCCUCUGUUUUGGUUUGAAAUAAAUGAAAGUUGCAAUCAAAA